AUGGGAAAAUCCAGCAGAAAAAACAAGAACAAGGUCGCCCCGGUAGACUCAACGGAUGCGGAUGUGAAGGCGUUCAAUUACGCGGAAGACCCAGAAAAGAUGGCUCACAAUGAGCUUGUGGACAAUAUGGAGAAACUUGAUAGCAAUAGCUCCAAAGACCGAACCGACGCUCUCAUCACCAUCAACUCCUUGUUGAGAUCCAAACCAACAUUCACCUUCGUCUGCAGAUACCACGACGUGAUGAGUGCAGUCUUGACACUCAAAAACAAGCCGGACCCUGAGGCGGAGCAACUCGUGACACUCAUGUGUCUAUUCACUCUCCACGGCGGGAAACUCAUCACCGACUUGAUAUUCGAGCCAAUGUCCCAAAUGCGAUCGAUUCUGCAGGAUGAGUCGAGAAGUGUGGCUCUUCGGAUGGCAUGUGCCAACACUUUGGCUAUUAUUACUUCCAUAUGCUGUGAGGACGGAUUUGCCAACGGGAUGGCGUGCAAGUCUGUUUGGUCUUCGAAAACUGAGGGAGAUGGAAAACUCAUCGCCACCGCCCUAACCUCUUGGUGCUUUAUCAUCCUCGCUGACGCUGAGACUAUCGAGGAGGCGGAGUCAAGCCAACCGAAAAUAGUCACUCUCCUAUCACAUAAGGAUCUGGAGGUCCGCCUAGCAGCGGCGCGAACACUGGCAUACCUCCAGGAGUGCAUGCACGAAGCACAAGAAGAUUUCGUCGGUUUUCCGAAUGAAGAUCAUGUCUUGAAUGUUCUGAGAGAAAUGAUGAAAAACGAGAAGAGGACGAGUAAGAAGGACAGAAAAGAGCAGAGGAAGGGAGUCCGUGAUGUGUUGGAGUACCUUGAGACGAAGGAAGACGUCGCCGUGGAAUAUGUGGAGAAUCAUGGAAAGGAGACACUUCAUUUGAACUCAUUCCGCAUGAAAAUGGCAUAUGGUUUAUGUUGUGAUGUGUUGAAGGGGGGAGUUCAAGUGCAUCUCAAGAGUAAUCCAGUAUUAAGGAAUUUGUUUGGCUGGGACCCAACGCCAUUGGGCGCAUAG